UCGGCCCGGCAUCUGCGCUACUACACCGGCAAAAGUCACCGUGCGUACUACCAGUACCAGACCAGCGAAGAUCAUGGAGGACAUGGCCCAGUUCGCACAGCUCGCUCAGAUGGCCCAGCGCAACCCUGAGAUCAAGUACACAGAGAUCUUCAUCAACAACGAGUGGCACAAGUCUGAGAGCGGCAAGACCUUCCCGACCAUCAACCCCGCCACCGGAGAGGAGAUCUGUCACAUCCAGGAGGGAGACAAGGCGGAUGUCGACAAGGCCGUCAAGGCUGCCCGAGAGGCGUUUCAGCUGGGGUCUCCCUGGCGGAAAAUGGACGCAUCGCAGCGAGGACGCCUCCUGAGUAAGCUGGCGGACCUCAUAGAGAGAGACUCCAUGUACCUGGCGAGCCUGGACACGUUGGACAACGGGAAGCCGUUCAUCCAGGCGAUGUUUGUGGACCUGCAAGGCUCCAUGGGAACGUUACGCUACUUCUCUGGCUGGGCCGACAAGAUCCACGGCAAGACUAUUCCUACAGACGGGCCGCACUUCACCUACACGCGGAGGGAGCCUGUCGGAGUCUGCGGCGCCAUCAUUCCGUGGAACUUCCCACUGAUGAUGGCGGUGUGGAAGCUCGCGCCUGCGCUGUGUGCGGGCUGCACGGUGGUGCUGAAGCCGGCCGAGCAGACGCCGCUCAGCGCACUGUACCUGGCCGCGCUCAUCAAGGAGGCCGGCUUCCCGCCUGGAGUCGUAAACAUCGUGCCCGGUUACGGACCAACAGCCGGAGCAGCCAUCUCGGAACACAUGGACAUCCAGAAAGUCGCGUUCACUGGGUCCACAGAGGUCGGUAAGAUUAUCCAGCAGGCGGCGGGGAAGAGUAACCUGAAGCGGGUGUCCCUGGAGCUGGGCGGGAAGAGUCCCACCAUCGUGUUUCCCGAUGCAGACUUGGACUUCGCAGUAGAGGAGGCCCACCAGGCGCUGUUCUUCAACAUGGGCCAGAUGUGCACUGCCGGGUCUCGCACGUACGUGCACGAGGACAUCUAUGACGAGUUCGUCAGGAAAAGCGUGGAGCGCGCCAAGAGCCGCACCGUCGGAGAUCCCUUCGAUCCGAGAAACGAGAAUGGACCACAGGUGGACCUGGACCAGUACAAGAAGAUCCUGUCGAUGAUCGAGAGCGGGAAGAAGGAGGGCGCGAAGCUGGAGUGCGGCGGGGAGGCGGCGGGGGAGAAGGGCUACUUCAUCCAGCCCACCGUCUUCACGGACGUCAACGACAACAUGACCAUAGCGAAGGAAGAGAUCUUUGGACCGGUCAUGAGCAUCAUGAAGUUCAAGGACAUCGAUGACGUCAUCAGGAGGGCCAACGACACGACGUACGGCCUGGUGGCGGCCGUGUACACGAAGAACCUGGACACCGCCAUGACGAUGUCCAACAGCUUACAGGCCGGCACAGUCUGGGUGAACUGCUACAACAGAAUCUACCCACAGGCGCCGUUCGGCGGGUUCAAGGCGUCCGGGCUGGGCAGGGAGCUGGGCGAGUACGGGCUGGAGCAGUACACAGAAGUCAAGACGGUUACCAUCAAGUUGCCCCAGAAGACCUCCUGAACUGGGGAACGAGAGAGGAGAAGGCUCAGGGAACGAGAUCACGGACAAGAGGCGGGAAACGGUUUAUCUCAGUAAAUGACGGACUAAUGAACGUGCAAAAGUGGUGUCCGGUUCAAUUGGGUCCGGAUGACAAUGGCGGGGAGGGGGUGAAUUUAAGCGUAUUAACUGAUUUUUUGGGUCAACUAUUUGGCGAAAUAUUUCAUCAAAUAGGAAAUAGUUACAGAUCUGUGUAUUUCUCCUUUUGAAAUGCUGAAUUUAUGUCCAUAAGACACCAGGGACGGUGAAUCGUUAUGGGGAGAAGUGUCCCCGAUAUUCCAUACAUGAACUUUGAGAAAAGUAUGGGAACAUUUGCAAUAAGGCAGCGUUUUUUUUUUACAUCUAACAACUUUUAAUGGCCAUUUUCUAUACGGUUACACUUGUAGCAUUACCAAUUGUUGGGAAGUAGGU